AUGGCAUCUCAUGUCUUCAUUGUUGAUCGAAGGAUCAAUUUGCUGCUGUUUCCGAUAAUCACGGUGUUGAUAAUCACUACUUCCUCUGCACAGAUAGAUAUUUCAAAACUGCAAGAGGUUGAGAUACAAAGACACUUGGAACUAAUCAACAAACCCGCUGUUAAAUCUAUCAAGAGUCCAGAUGGAGAUAUAAUAGAUUGUGUUCAUAUCACCAAUCAACCCGCUUUCGACCAUCCUUUAUUAAAGAACCACACUAUUCAGUUGAGACCAAGUUUUCUCCAAGAAGAUCCUUCAUCAAAAACCGAUGGCAUAGCUCAAGUAUGGCAUAGGAACGGAGAAUGCCCAGAGAACACCAUUCCGAUAAGAAGAACAACAAUAGAAGAUCUCUUACGUUGGGGUUCCAUAAAAAAUUACGGGAAAAAAGAUUCAAAUUAUAGCAUCCCUGGAUCUAGAUUUCACCCAACUCAAAACAUAUGGGCAAAACGCGAGCAUGCCAUGUUGGUAGUGGAGAAUGAAUAUUACCAAGGAAGCGAGGCUUGGAUCACUGUGUGGAAACCAUAUGUUGAACAGUAUAAUGAACUAAGUACGGGCCAGAUGUGGAUUUCUAGCAAAGGUUCUAAUCAGCAGGGAGUUAAUGUGAUGGAAGCGGGUUGGCAGGUAAAUCCAAUAUUGUACGGCGACGGAAACCCGAGACUCUUUGUUUAUUGGACUGGUGACGGGUACGAGAAAACAGGCUGCUACGACCUCAAAUGUCAGGGCUUUGUCCAAAUCAGCAGCAAGACCGCCGUUGGUGCGGCCUUCAACCGCUAUUCAACAAUUAGUGGUCCGGAAUAUAAAUGCAUCUUUCUUAUAAGGAAGGAUCCCAUAAGCGGAAAUUGGUGGCUCCUAACCAAUAAUCGCCAAGUCGGUUAUUGGCCGAAUUCUCUCUUUCCAUUUCUAAAGGACUUGGCAUCAAAAGCGGUAUGGGGAGGAGAGAUCAAUAAUCUAAGGAAGAAUGGGCGACACACUUCCACUUGCAUGGGAAGUGGCCGCUUCGCGGAGGAUGGUCGUGGGAAGGCGGCUUUAAUAAGCCGCAUUACCGUACUCCAGCGGAACCUGAAGAAGGAGCCCGAAAAAGGCUUUCCCUUCGUCACUGACAAGGGGUGUUACAAUUUACAUUAUAACCGUCUUGACCCUAAGUUGGGAUCACACCUCUUCUUCGGUGGAAUUGGUCAAAACUCUAAUUGCCUUUGA